AUGUUGUCAACCUUUUCAACGGUGGUUGCAGCCUUAGCUGGCCUAGCUAUCGCGCAGACCACAACGUACCAAGCCGAAGACGCAGCUUUGACAGGUGUCACAGUUGCGACUGAGGUGGCUGGCUAUACUGGCACUGGAUAUGUUGGUGGCUUUGACGCUGACGGCGACCAGAUCAAGUUCACCGUCACCAGCGCCACUCAAGCCCUGUAUGAUCUGAAAAUUAUCUACAAUGGGCCGUAUGGUGAUAAGUACACUACUGUUGCGCUGAAUGGUGCUGGAGGCGGCCAAGUGUCGUUGCCGGCUACCACGGCCUGGGUGACCAUUCCUGCUGGACAAGUUCUUUUGAAUGCGGGAUCGAAUACGAUCGAAAUCAAGAACAACUGGGGAUGGUAUCUCAUCGACGCCAUCACCUUGACACCUGCCGCUGCACGAGGGCCACACCAAAUCACCACAACUCCAGUCAACCCUAAUGCCGAUGCCAACGCGAAAGCCCUGCUCAAGUACCUCGGUAGCAUCUACGGCAAGAACAUCCUCUCCGGACAGCAGGACCAAGCCUCCCUCGACUGGGUGACCAACAACGUCGGAAAGACCCCAGCAAUCCUUGGCGUCGACCUCAUGGACUACACCGAGUCCCGCAUUUCUCGCGGAGCUUCUAGCACAGACGUCGACAAGGCCAUCGCCUUCGCCGCCAAAGGUGGCAUAAUCAACUUCGUGUGGCACUGGGGUGCGCCCGUGGGGCUAUACGACACCGCCGCGCAGCCUUGGUACUCGGGUUUCUACACGGCAGCAACGGAUUUCAAUAUCACCACCGCACUUAAGGAUACCACGAAUGCCAACUACACCCUCCUGAUCAAGGACAUUGACACCAUCGCCGUGCAGCUGAAGAAGCUGGAGGCUGCUGGCGUCCCUGUCCUGUUCAGGCCACUGCACGAGGCUGAGGGCAAGUGGUUCUGGUGGGGGGCCCAGGGUCCCGAGCCGGCCAAGAAGCUGUGGGGCAUUGUCUAUGACCGCAUCACCAACUACCACAAGAUCAACAACCUCCUGUGGGUUUGGAACUCGGUGGCGGCUGAUUGGUACCCCGGCAGUGCUACUGUCGACGUGGUCAGCGCGGAUACCUACACUCAAGGCGACCACGGCCCCAUUUCAGCGACAUACAACGCGCUUCUCGAUCUCGUCGGCGAUAAGAAAAUUAUCGCGGCGGCCGAGAUUGGCUCCGUCAUGGACCCUGCCCAGUUGAAGCUGUACCAAGCAGAUUGGGUCUACUUCGUGGUCUGGAGCGGCGACUUCAUCUCCGGCGGAAGCUGGAACUCCCUCGACUUCCUGAAGUCUGUCUACUCGUCAGACUACGUCCUCACCCUUGACGAGAUCCAAGGAUGGAAGAACGGAGGCGGCGCUGUGACGAGCACCAGCAGGACCACCGCCACUACAAGCUCACGAUCCAGUACUGCACAGACCUCAUCGAGCACUACGGUCCGGACAACGUCGACUACGCUGAGGACGACCACAACGAGCACGUCCGCUACUCCUUCGGCUACUGGGGUCGCACAGCAGUGGGCCCAGUGUGGAGGAAACGGAUGGACAGGCCCAACAGCCUGUGCAAGUCCAUAUGUCUGCACAAAGCAGAAUGACUGGUACUGGCAAUGCGUCUAA